UUGCAGCUCUCAGCAGAAGCUAACCUCAGCACCCAAGAUGAAGACCUUCUUCCCAAAAUUUGCCAUCAAACAAUACAGCACGUAUGUCGCAAUGAUUGUGAUUUUUGUUCACAAUUAUGUGCUUGACGAGGAUUUAAACUGCACUUGCGAUGCUGACAUAACAACCUGCUCCUUCUACUUGGUUCUACCUUUUUUAAUUUUAUGUGCUUUACAACUCUGGACAGACGAGCCAUUCAAGAGAGUCUGGAAAUACACAUGUGGUACAUGCACAUGUCCUACAUGCACCUGUUGUUCUUGUUCUUGUUGUUGUUGCAAAUGCGGGUGCAAACUUUUCUUGGUUUUGUGUUUACAAAUUACGAAGGCAGUUUGCAUUGGUCUGCUUUGGGUAUUGUCCGUGUUCAUCGAUGGAGACUGGUUUGUUUGCUGUUGCAAUACAUAUGAAGAACAUCCACAGUUAGGCUGCAAAGACAAAAAAAACAUCACAGCUGAGGAACGAGUCCUGAUUGCUAAGCUGAAAAACAAAUCCAUGCUUAUUGGCUUGGGUGCACUCUUGGUUGGCUUUGUUUUUGUUACCUUUGUGUUACCACUUGGAUGGAAGAAAUGCUGUGAAAAGAGAGAGAAUUGCUCAGGUUGCUGCGACAGAAAACUUCUUUACGACCAAAUGAUUUUGGAGGAGGAAGAAAAUGUACUCACAGAGAUGAUAAGAAAAGCAGCAAAAGAUAAGCUGACCGAAGAAAUGCAGAAGAAACUCAACAGUAAAAGAUGGGGGGAAUGUUUUGAUGUUGCUGAAGAUCUGAUUAAAAAGACAACUCCACCAGGACACAAGGAAAGCAUUGCUCUUGAAAUUAAGGGGCCAGAGGGGGCCGCCCUAAUGGAGGAGUCUGUUUCAGAAAAACGCACAACAAAAAUGUGAGGAAAUUAUCGUCACUGCGACCAUCUUACCAGAAUUCAGAAGUUUCAUUUUCAGUUUAUCAGAAAAAAAUAUGUCUGUACAUCACAAGUGAAAGAAAACUAUAGUAAAAUUGUUAUGUUAUCCUUAUAAAUACCAUGUUAUGGUGAUACAUGUAUGUUUCAUAUAUUUCAAAGUUUUUUUAUGUCACAUGAGCGUAGAUUUUUAAUGCUGCUAUUUUUAAUCUAUGAUAUUCUUUGAAUUUCACAAAUGUGAGCAUGUUAUAAGGAGCUUCUACAGAAAGCCUUAGAGUCAUUGAGCAUCACUUUGUAGCUGACAGCUUGUCUCUGGGCAUCUCGUAGCCUUUGGUUGGCUUGGGAACACUUUCCCUUUAUGUUUGGAUCAACUGUAGUCUUCACUCUCCCUCGUAGCCACAUGAUCACUCUGUUUGGUUUAGUUUAACUUUUGACCUGCUGGCUUCACACUGACGUUGGCUAUUUUGUUUCUAGCUGCUUUCUGUGCGACCAUCUCUUUAAGCUCAAAUUUUACAAGUAGCCUAUUAAAGACAUUAAUAAUAUCGUUUUCACUGUUCCUGUAACAUUUAAUGCCACCUGUGUACAAACGACACGCUCAUAUAAAGAAGCUGUGAAGUUUCAGGUUUGGCAGAAAUCAUAAAAAUGAAGCUUUUGGGUCUAGAAAGAGAAAAACAGAGUUUUUGAUUUUAACGUGCUAAGCUGAUAUUUUAAUAAAUUUCAAAUGAAAUGCACAAUUUGAAUUGUAAUAUGUGUUUCAGUAAAAAUGAAUAAAAAAAAUAUGAGCUUUG